AUUAACGAACACUUGACUCUUUGUACAUAGCUCAAGAACAAAGAAUUCAAAGCACCAAAACUGAUGCUUCUUGUAGCAAAUUCAAGUCAAGCAUGGAACUUAGCACACCCAACACUGACUUUCUCCCAGAAAUGCAAAACACAAGUGGACAUUGAUCAAAUUCAUGCUCAAUUGAUAACCACAGGACUUGUAAAAAAUCCAUUUUUUACCACAAAACUUAUCUUGAAGUUAUCUUCUUCCCCUCACACACCCAUCGUUGAAUUCGCUCGGUUUCUCUUCUUUUCUGACGAUUUCUGUUGUUCAAAGCGAAAUAAAAAUGACCCAUUUCUCUGGAAUGUCAUAAUGAAGUCAUUUUCACAUGGAAAUGACCCGUAUAAGGCUUUUGAAGUUUUCUGUUUGAUGCUUGAAAAUGGGGUUUUUGUGGAUGAGUAUUCUUUAUCUAUAGUUUUGAAAGCGUGUUCAAGAAUGGGUUUUGUUAAGCGAGGAAUGCAGGUUCAUGGGUUAUUGAGGAAAAUAGGAUUUGGGUCUGAUGUGUUUUUGCAAAAUUGUUUGAUUUCCAUGUAUGUGAGGUGUGGGUUUGUUGACUAUGGCCACCACGUGUUUGAUAGAAUGUGUAUGAGAGACUCUGUUUCGUAUAAUACUAUGAUUGAUGGGUAUGUGAAAUGUGAAAUGCUUGAUGUUGCUUGUCGUUUGUUUGAUUUUAUGCCAAUAGAGAUGAGGAAUUUGGUUUCUUGGAAUGCUAUGCUGACUGGGUAUGUCAAAUUGGAUCAAGGGUUUGAUGUUGCUUGUGAACUGUUUGAUAAAAUGCCCGAAAGGGAUUUGGUUUCUUGGAAUUUGAUGCUUUAUUGUUGUGUUAAAAGUGGAAACGCUGAAAAGGCUACUGCUUUAUUUGACAUGAUACCGAAGAAGGAUGUUGUUAGCUGGGCUAUAAUGGUAGAUGGGUAUGCAAAAAUUGGUAAGAUUGAUAUUGCAAGACGUUAUUUUGAUGACAUGCCUGUAAGAGAUGUGAUUUCCUGCAAUGCUAUUAUGGCUGGGUAUGUCAAGAAUGGGCACUGCGUUGAAGCAUUAAAAGUGUUUCACGAUAUGUUAAGAGGGAGUAGUCUUGCUCCUGAUAGUACCACCACGUUGCUUGCGCUUUCUGCAGUUGCAGAGUUAGGUUAUAUUGAUGAAGGGAUUGCACUGCACUGUUGUAUAGAGGAGAAUGGGUUUCUUGUGGCUGGAAAGCUUGGUGUAGCUUUGAUAGACAUGUAUGCAAAAUGUGGCAGCGUAGAUAGUGCAAUGGGUGUGUUCAAUGACAUCCAAGAAAAAAAUGUUGAUCACUGGAAUGCUAUGAUUGGUGGUUUGGCUAUUCAUGGCUUUGGGGACGUAGCUUUCGAAUUGUUCAUGGAGAUGGAAAGACUUUCGCUAGAUAUAGAUGAUAUCACAUUUAUUGCGGUUUUGAAUGCCUGUGCUCAUUCUGGACUGGUAAAGGAAGGCAUGAUCUGUUUUGAGAUCAUGAGAAGGGCACAUCGUAUGGAACCUAAGCUCCAGCAUUAUGGAUGCAUGGUUGACAUCCUUAGUCGAGCAGGGCAUGUGGAAGAGGCCAUCAAAUUUGUCGAUGAAAUGCCAAUCCAUCCUAAUGAUGUAGUUUGGCGAACAUUGCUAAGCUCAUGUAGGAAUCAAGAAAACGUCCACAUUGGAGACCCAACGGAUAAGCAACUAGUUGGACUAAAUUCUCAUAAUUCAAGUUCCUACGUGCUUUUGUCUAACAUAUAUGCUCAAUUUGGUAAGUGGGACUAUGUUAGAAGGGUUCGAACAAUAAUGAAAGAAAAGGACCUGAAGAAAACUGUUGGCAGCAGUAGGAUUGAGCUCCAAGGAAUUGUCCAUGAGUUCUCUGUAGGAGACAAAUCCCAUGAUCAAGUUGAAGAAAUAUAUUCCACAUUACAGAUGGUUUGUGUAUAGCUGUGAGGUCUCUCCUUGUGUUCAAGGAGUUUACCUCCAUUCGCGAAUCCAAAUUUAACUAGUCAUUAGCAUCUUUUAGCUCUGGACAGGAAAAUUAUUUUAAGCUGUCCCUCUGUAAUUAGCAAAGCACCAAGAAAAACAAUCCUGCAACUUGUAAAUUUAAGUCAAUGUAUCUAAUAAGA